GCCCCACCAACAUACGUACCCGUAAACACUAAUCGAUCGACGACGACGACGACGACGACGAAGGUCUCGAGAAAUUCAAUCAGCGACCCUUAUACGACACCGACAAUCUGUAUUUCUAGGCAGCAGGGCAGAGCAGAACAGCACGCGGACUGCUGCGAGGCAAUUAAUACACCCGACUGGAACUGGCGAAUAGGAACAACAUGGCGCGCCGCGCGAUAGUGAUCGAAGACAGCGAGGACGAACUACCUGAGCUGGGGACGAUUUUUAAGGCUAAGGAGCUUAAGACUAUAGGAGAUGGGGCGAAAAAAACAGAGUCGAAGAAGGGGACGAUGAGGAGGAGGGUGUUGAAUGGGGUGUCUGAUAAUCCGCUUUUGAGACCGCUGGGGAAAGAGUUGGGAAGGGAGAAAGAUGGGAGGGUGAGAGGGAAGGGGAGGGCGGCUUCAUCGGCGCUGGUAUCUGCUUCCGCUUCUGGGGGCGUGGGCGUGAGUGUUGUGGAACCCGCGAAGGAGGAGGCGACACAGAGGAGGGCGAGGAAGAUGGGGAGGACCGCGGUGGGGGACCAGAAGAAGGCGGAGAUACUGGAAUGCUUGGAGAGCUUAAGUGAUAGCUUUGAUAAAGGGGUGAAUGGAAUUGGGAAGGGCAUGGAUAUGAUUGAGGGAAUCAAUGAGGAGAUUAAGAUGCCUCGUGGGACGGGGAAAGCCGCAGUUGAGCAGGCACUGGACGAUGAUGUGGAAGUAGGCAAGGUGGCGGAGGAUUUGGAAGGGCUGCAACUGGAGGAGGAAGAAGAUGUUGCGAAGCCGAAACCGCGCAGAGGGAGGGUGGUGAAACCUGUUGCUGCUAUACAGGCCGAGACGGAAGAAGAGGAAGACGAUUCGCCAGUUCUUGAUAUGAGGUCGAGGAGGGUGAGGACGGGCAAGCCUGCUGCUAUCGUACGGGCUAAGACCCCGGAGGAGGAAGAUGAUUCGCUUGUUGAGGAUGAGGAGGACGACAUGUCUGAUUUUAUCGUGAGCGAUGAUUCUUCGAUAGAGGAGCUUGAGGAGGAGGAAGAUGAUCUCAGUCCGGUGCCAGCACCAAAGUCUGUGAGAAAAUUGGUGCGAGGAAGGCGACCAGAUACAUCGUCGCAACCGGAGGCGCCAAAAGUAAAGGAAACCCAAGCUUUACAUCUCGAUUGGAGCGAUGACGAUACUAAGGAGGAGAGUGUGGUGCCACGUCCAGUCACAAGACGUCUAUUCCCCACACAGAAAGACCAAGACACGACUGGAAACUCCGAGGAAGAAUGUCCCAUCCUCACCUACGACCCACCAACCAGCAAAGCAAGCCGCAAACCCGCAAAGAAAACAAUCUUCACAACCCCCCCACCAAGCCCAAAAAAGACCCUCGUCUCGCCCAAAAAGGCUCCCAGAAUCCCCACCGCCACACACAGCCCCAGCACAGACGACUUCUGGAAAGCCGACGUAGUCAACGACUGGAACGACGAGUUCUCCCCCCAGAAACCCCUUCGGUCCCUCAAUCUCGUCCCAACCCCCGAAGACCUCACCGGGUCCCCCCGAAAAGCUCCCGCCGCGAAGAAAGACAAAGCGCUCAUAGAACGAAAGAAGUUGUUCAACGAGAACAAACACGCCAUCGCGCUCUCCUUCCUCCGCGAACUCGACUCGGAAAUCACAGACGGCAAAGUCUCCGCCCUCGCCGCCAGCACGGGCGGAAUAUCCAUCAUCUGGUCCAAGAAACUCAACACCACCGCCGGGCGCGCAAACUGGAAGCGCGAAGCCAUCCGCUCUCGUCCCCUCUCCCCCAACCUCCCCCCCACCACCACCUACCGUCACCACGCCUCCAUCGAGCUCGCCGAAAAAGUAAUCGACGACGAAGACCGCCUCCUCAACGUCGUAGCGCACGAGUUCUGCCACCUCGCGAACUUCAUGGUCAGCGGCGUGACGAAUAACCCGCACGGGAAGGAGUUUAAGGCGUGGGCUUCACGGUGUUCGGCCAGGUUUGGGGGGAGGGGGAUUGAGGUUACCACGAAGCAUAGUUAUGAGAUUGCGUUUAAGUAUGUGUGGCGGUGCUGCGAGGUGGGGUGUGGGUUGGAGUUUAAGAGGCAUAGUAAGAGUAUUGACCCGAAACGGCAUAGUUGUGGGCUUUGUAAGGGGAGGUUGGUGCAGACAAGGCCGGUGCCGAGGGCGGGCGCGGGGGAGGGGGUGGAGAAGGUGAUGGGGGAGUAUCAGGCGUAUGUUAAGGAGAAUAUUGGGAGGGUUAGAAGGGAGAAUUUGGGGAGCCCGCAGAAGGAUAUUAUGGCGCUUGUGGGGAGGGGGUAUAGGGAGUUGAAGGCGGAGAGGUUGAAGGGGUUGGGGCAGAGUGGGUUGUCGGUUGAGAGUGUGGUGGAGGACGAUUCGGUGGAUUUGAUUGUGAAGAAGAUUGACUUUCUGGAUCUCACGACCCCGUAGGAGGGUAGCUUGGGUGCGGCGGAGGUCUCGCUUUAAGCGUGGUUAUAUAUCUAUCUACCUAAUUGAAAGCCGUAGAGCUUGUCAUAAUUGUUCAUGAAGUUAACUCGGGG